AUGGAGUUUUGCAUGUUCAACCCUUUUAUUUCGAAAAUUAAGCCUAAAACUGUUAAAAUUGCUCUUGAUCAUGCAGACUGGGUUCAGGUGAUGCAAGAGGAGCUAAAUGAGUCUGAAAGGAAUAAAGUAUGGAGGUUGGAUUCCACUUCAGAAAAUGCUUCGGUUGUUAGCAUGAAGUGGGUGUUUAGAAAUAAAAUGGAUAAGGAAGGAAACGUUAUUCGCAACAAGGCACGUUUGGCAGUUAAAGGCUAUUGUCAAGAGGAAGGAAUAGAUUACAAAGAGAUACAGAGUUCAAAAGGUAUUUUUAUCAACCAAGAAGCCUACACGAAAACCUUGCUAGCAAAAUUUAGAAUGGUGGGUGAUUCAAAGGUCAAGAUUCCUAUGGCCUUCGGAAUGAAACUUACUCCAUCCUUGUUUCAUGCGAAUCCUUGUGAACUGCAUAUGGUGGCUGUAAAGAACAUAUUUCGAUACCUUAAAAGAACUACAUCUCUCGGAAUAUGGUAUCUAUCCAAUUCAGGUUUCUAUGUGCAAGCUUAUUUCGACACAGACCUUGGUGGCUGUGGCCUUGAUUGGAAGAGCACAUCGGGUGGUUAUCAGUUUCUGUAUGGAAAGCUUGUCAAUUGA